AGUACAGCUGCCUCAGACAAGUGUUUAGAGGUGAAUCAGUCGAUUUUUUAUUUUUUUAAGCGCACCUGCAGAAAAAGCAAGUGAAGCCGCUGUAGAGUCAUUUUAUGCAGAGAGCUGUCACAUCUGUGGGUAACACUUCACUAAGUUUCUUUCCUUUCUAAACCACGUGGGAAAAAGUCACCAGGGUUCAUGUGUGACAUAUACAGCCUGGACUCUCACUGCGUGUCUCCACAAUGCAACAUGAGUUGGGCGAUGGAGCCUGCUAACUUCUACGAGAGCACCAAGCUGGGCGGCCCGCAGCAGGGGCUCUGCAAGCCGGGCAGCAGGAGCGACGCUGCGGGCGAGGUCGGCACCAUGGUGGAGCUCAGCACCGCCGCUGCCAUGUACGACGACGAGAGCGCCAUCGACUUCAGCCAGUACAUUGAGUCCAUGACAGCCGUGCCCAACCUGGAGCUGUGCAACGAUGAGCUUUUCCUUGACCUGUUCAACACUGUGAAGCAGGAGAAGGCGGAUUUCUACAACCUGCAGAGCUCCGUGCUGCCCAGCAGCAUGCAGCAACAUCAGCAACAUCAGCAACAUCAGCAGCAGCUGUCAGCCGCAUUCACUGCCGAGAGGAAGACUGACAGCGGGCUGUCUAAAGGGUUGUUCAGCGCUCCUAUCAAACAGGAGUCUGACUGGAGUGACAGUGACGUUUCCUCAUCCUUGCCUUCCCAGAUCGAAAACUGCGCUCAGACCUCCGUCAGCCUCCCUACAGGGCAGCCCACUCCUCCCACCACCCCGGAGCCUGUCUCCAAUGUCAGCUCUGCUAAGUCCUCCCCGAGGAAGAUGGGGAGGGAAAAGGGCAAGAAGUCGGUGGAUAGGUACAGCAUGGAGUAUCGACAGAGACGAGAGAGGAAUAACAUUGCAGUGAGGAAAAGCAGGGACAAAGCCAAGCUGCGUAACUUGGACAUGCAGCAGAAGCUGCUUGAACUGAGCUCUGAUAACGACAGGCUUCAUAAAACUAUCGAGCAGCUAACCAAAGAGCUCACUGGGCUCAGAGAUUUCUUCAAGCAGAUGCCCAAUUCGUCCUUUGUGGGGCCCUCGAGUGCAGAGAGCCGGUGACAGAUGAAUAAUUACUCUAUGAACUGAGUUCCAGAAGACAUACCUCAGCAGACAAUUUUUCUUACCAUCUGUACCAGAUGUAUUUUAAGCUUACCAUAAUGGCACUGGAAAAUAUAUGAUGUUGCUGCCAUAUUUUUGUGGGAUUUUUUCUGUAUUAAAUUAUUUUACCACUGCAUUUA